AUGUUGUCGCCAAAGGAGAAGCUGUUGAUUGUCGAUAAGAAGGGCGGUCCAUGGGGCGGUGGUAUUACUUUAUUUUCUGCCGGCAUAAAAGAUUCAGAGCAAAGGAAUUUGUUCGUUCCCCACGCAUUCAGCAACUGCAACCAACAGUCGCAAAUUUCCGGAAUCAUGGUCGGCCACAAGACGAGGGAGUCGAAAGGCGAUGUGACUCCGAUAUCAGACAAAUCUCACAAACGUAAGAGAGACCAAAAUGUCUCCCAGGUUGCCACCACUCCCACGCCGACCAAAAAGCACAAGAAGCGCGCAAGCUUGUCAGCCGAACAGCCAACCGAGCACGAUGAUGGCAGCACGAAGAAGCGGAAAAGAGUCAAGGAUGCACUUCAAGGCGAAAAUUCUCCGCAAACUUCCAAGAAAGAAAGUGCUGUCCCGCCAAACCGCAGCAAAGAGAGUACUACAGACUCGCGUCGCGACGUCGGUGAAACGGAGAAGAAGUCAAAGAGUGGCAAGCGAAAGAGCUUUAGCAAGAACGACAAUCUGGAUGAUGGCGCUGCAGCUGUGACUGCAGAUAGCGACGAUGAGGUGGAAGCUGAACCCAAAACAUCCAAGAACAAGCAUUCGGGGAUUCUGUCGAAAUUCGAGCGCACCAAAACUGUCGCCAGCUCCAAAAGCAAGAAGGCAAAGCCUGAAAUUAUCGAAGACGAGACACCUGCUGUGGAACCUGUCUUUGCACAGGGUCUUGAGCCGUUGCCGCAGCCUGAGAAUCCCCCAGAGCUCGAGCAACUACCAACUUAUUCCUCCCUCCCUCCCUGGCUGGCAAACCCUCUACGGAAAUCAGCCGAUGACAGAUCUAACUUUUCUGAAUUGGGAAUCAAACCAGACCUUCUCAAAAUCCUCCAACAACACAACUACAAAGAAGCGUUCGCGGUACAAUCCACUGUUAUUCCUCUGCUUCUUCAAGGCGAGCAGAACCACCCUGGCGAUCUCUGUAUUUCUGCUGCAACUGGAUCUGGAAAAACACUCUCCUACGUUCUUCCACUGGUCACCGCUCUAACUCCAAGACCUGCCUCGAGACUCCGGGGUUUGAUUGUGGUUCCCACCCGAGAACUGGUGAAACAGGCCCGCGAAGCCUGUGAACUUUGCGCCACUGGAUCACGACUUCAUAUCGGAAGCGCGGUGGGAAAUGUGGCCAUCAAAGAUGAACAGAAGCAGUUGAUGCGAGUGGAUCAAGUUUACAACCCAGCCAUUCAUCAGCAACAACGAGAUGGACUGGCUGGAAAUGACUGGAUGAACCUGAGUCUUGAAAACUGUAUCAGUGAAGCAGUUGACUCCAAUGGUUCUCUUCCCGGUUAUAUCCAACGAUCAGAGCCCAACGUUGACAUUCUUAUCUGUACCCCUGGUCGCCUGGUUGACCACAUUCGUUACACGAAAGGGUUUACAUUACAGCAUCUCGAAUGGCUGGUCAUUGAUGAGGCUGAUCGUCUUCUAAAUGAAAGUUUCCAAGAGUGGGUUGAUGUCAUUAUGCACUCGUUGGACAGUCGACAGGCCCCAGAGACCUUUGGCCCUGGCGGCAAACUUCUAUCAGAGCUUGGACUACCUAUUGAAGCCAAGCCACCUAGAAAGGUGAUUCUGAGUGCAACAAUGACUCGCGAUAUCUCGAAGCUCAACUCGUUGCGCCUGGCCAACCCGAAGAUGGUCAUCAUCGGAUCCGAAGAUGCUUCAAACGAGGAAGACCCAUCUGCCACUCAUCCCGAUGCACACUUCACCUUGCCACCAACCUUGUCCGAGCAUAUCGUUCAAGUCGGCGAUGGAUCCCUCAAGCCACUUUACCUGCUGCGCCUCCUUCUGUCUCACAUCGAGAUUGGCGGAGAUAAUGCCCAGAGCAUCGAUUCCUCCGACUCUGAUAGCACCAGCUCCGACGACACGAGCGAUGAUGAUACUAGCUCCGAUGAAUCUUCCGACGAUGAUACCUCUUCUGAAUCUGAUUCGGAAUCUGAUUCCGACUCCGACUCUGAUUCUGACUCUGAUUCUUCGUCAGAUUCGUCGUCAGAUUCCGAUUCUUCAGACGAGUCUUCGGCCUCUGAUUCGGAAUCAGAUUCCAUGGAGCUUGUACCCCAGCCAACGCGCAAGACUGUUCUGAUCUUCACCAAAUCAUCAGAGUCUGCUUCACGUCUCUCGCGCCUCAUCUCACUCUUGCACCCACCACUGGCCAACUGUGUAGGAACCAUCAUCAAAUCUAACAAGUCUUCUGCAUCUCGCAAGACACUGACGGCUUUCCGUCAAGGCCGUAUCUCGGUCAUUGUAGCCACCGACCGUGCUUCUCGUGGUCUUGAUCUCCACUCCCUCACUCAUGUUGUCAACUACGAUAUCCCAACAAGUGUUACUACGUAUGUCCAUCGUGUGGGUCGUACCGCACGUGCUGGUCGGGCAGGUUCGGCAUGGUCUCUGGUGGCUCAUCGCGAAGGUCGCUGGUUUGCCAACGAGAUUGCUAGUGUGGAUGGCCGGAUUACACGUGCCUUGAAUAUCGAUCGGGUCCAGAUCAAGUCGGAUUCACUCAGCUCGCUUAAACCCAAGUACGCGAAGGCCUUGGACAAGCUCGAGAAGGAAGUUAAGCGUGGCUAG